GCCGUCAGCUCGACGACGCCACGGGCGCGGGCGGACGCCGCGAGCUCUACCGGCCUACUUACACACAUGACUCGAUUCUCCUCUCGAAUACAAAUCGAUACGUAUCCGAUUAAUCAAGACGAAUAACGUGCCAAACGAAUCGUAUGCUCAAAACGCAACAAUUGACAGUUUCGCGUACAUUAUCGCACUGCAGCGGUAAUUACAAUGUAAUAAUGCUAUCUGUGAUUGGUGUUAGUGAAUGGUUAGUGUGUUUCGUGUAGUAGUAAAUUAAUUGGUGACGAUGUGUACAUAACACAGGUGUUUCGUGUGUGAGUGGCAUUCAGUAGUUUUACAGGAUGAGAGGGGCGAACGCAAUAUUCCUUAUUUUAUUCUUCGGCCAUCUAUCUGCGCUGCCCGACACCAUCCGAAUAGGUGGUCUAUUCCACCCCGAGGAUGAGAAGCAAGAAGUCGCGUUUAGAUACGCGGUGGAGCGAGUGAACGCCGAUAGGGCAGUGCUACCGAGAGCCAAGCUGCUGGCUCAAGUGGAAACCAUCUCGCCGCAAGACAGCUUUCAUGCUUCUAAAAGAGUAUGUCAUCUAUUACGAAGUGGGGUAGCAGCCAUCUUUGGGCCCCAGUCGGCCCCAGCAGCAGCUCACGUCCAGUCAAUAUGUGACACUAUGGAACUGCCUCAUUUGGAGACACGGUGGGACUAUCGGACGAGGAGAGAGUCCUGUCUAGUCAAUCUUUACCCACACCCAGCGGCGCUGAGCAGAGCGUACGUGGACUUAGUGCGAGCGUGGGGUUGGAGAUCGUUCACCAUAGUUUACGAGAACAGUGACGGCUUAGUCCGUCUUCAAGAAUUGCUCAAAGCCCAUGGGCCCUCCGAACUGCCUGUUGCUGUUAGACAAUUGCCAGAUUCACAUGAUUACAGGCCACUUCUGAAGCAAAUAAAGAAUUCGGCCGAGUCACAUAUUGUGUUAGACUGUACUACGGAGAGGAUACGAGAUGUGCUCCAACAAGCACAGCAAAUAGGAAUGAUGUCUGACUACCAUAGUUACUUAAUCACUUCUUUGGACCUCCACAGCGUAGAUUUAGAAGAAUUCAAAUAUGGCGGCACAAACAUUACAGCUUUAAGAUUGCUUGACCCUGAGCGUGCUGAUGUCCAAAGAGUCGUAAGGGAUUGGGUUUACGACGAAGCCCGAAAAGGACGUAAACUCCAACUGGGACACACGACGGCUAAGGAGAACAUGACCUUUAUUAAGACGGAAACGGCGCUUAUGUACGAUGCGGUACAUUUAUUCGCAAAGGCCUUACAUGAUCUGGAUACGUCACAACAAAUUGACGUGAGGCCUCUUUCGUGCGAAGCCGAAGACACGUGGCCCCAUGGGUACAGCCUCAUCAAUUACAUGAAAAUCGUCGAAAUGAAAGGUUUAACUGGAGUGAUAAAGUUUGACCAUCAAGGAUUCCGAAGCGAUUUCACUCUAGAUAUAAUUGAAUUAACGAGGGACGGCCUGCAAAAAGCUGGAACUUGGAAUUCUUCAGAAGGCGUCAAUUAUACGCGCUCCUACGGCGAGAACCAGAAACAGAUAGUGGAAAUACUGCAGAACAAAACGCUCAUCGUUACAACCAUUUUGAGCUCACCAUAUUGUAUGAGGCGAGAGGCCAGCGAGAAGCUCACGGGCAACGCACAAUUCGAGGGUUACGCCAUUGAUCUAAUUCACGAGAUAUCUAAAAUUCUGGGCUUCAAUUAUACAUUCAAGCUGGCGCCUGACGGUCGAUACGGGUCGUACAACCGUGAGACUAAAGAGUGGGACGGCAUGAUAAGGGAAUUGUUGGAGCAGCGAGCCGACCUAGCCAUCGCUGAUCUCACCAUUACAUACGACAGAGAGCAAGUGGUUGACUUCACAAUGCCGUUCAUGAAUCUCGGCAUUUCCGUGCUCUACCGCAAGCCCAUUAAGCAACCGCCGAACUUGUUCUCCUUCCUAUCGCCGCUUUCCCUCGACGUGUGGAUUUAUAUGGCCACCGCGUAUCUCGGCGUGUCAGUACUUCUCUUCAUAUUGGCGAGGUUCAGCCCGUACGAGUGGGACUCACCCAGGAACUGCCUAGACGAGCCGCCGGUGCUGGAGAAUCAGUUCACUCUCUUGAACUCGCUGUGGUUCACUAUCGGCUCCUUGAUGCAGCAAGGUUCGGAUAUCGCGCCGAAAGCGGUAUCGACCCGCAUGGUAGCGGGGAUGUGGUGGUUCUUCACUCUGAUCAUGAUAUCUUCGUACACGGCCAACUUAGCGGCCUUCCUCACUGUGGAACGAAUGGACUCGCCCAUUGAGAGUGCUGAGGAUCUAGCCAAACAGACCAAGAUUAAGUACGGUGCCCUAAAAGGAGGUUCUACUGCCGCGUUUUUCAGGGACUCAAACUUCUCCACAUACCAACGAAUGUGGUCUUUCAUGGAGUCAGCCCGGCCAUCAGUCUUCGCUACAAGUAACAAGGAGGGGGAAGAGAGAGUUGUUCGAGGAAAAGGAGCUUAUGCUUACCUUAUGGAGUCUACCACCAUCGAGUAUGUGGUGGAGAGGAACUGUGACCUAACGCAAGUGGGAGGGAUGCUCGAUUCUAAGGGCUAUGGAAUUGCUAUGCCUCCAAACUCACCGUACCGUACGGCCAUAAGCGGGGCCGUUCUCAAACUGCAAGAGGAAGGAAAAUUGCACAUUCUGAAAACAAAAUGGUGGAAAGAGAAACGUGGCGGAGGGUCUUGUAGGGACGAAACAUCGAAAUCAUCAUCGACGGCGAACGAGCUCGGUUUGGCGAACGUCGGCGGCGUGUUCGUCGUACUAAUGGGCGGAAUGGGGGUCGCGUGCGUCAUCGCCGUCUGCGAAUUCGUCUGGAAGUCGCGCAAAGUCGCCGUUGACGAACGCAAGGAAGAGGCGUCGCUGUGUUCGGAGAUGGCGUCGGAGUUGCGUUCCGCGCUGAAGUGUCCGGGCGGAGGCGCGGGCGGCGGAGGAGGCGGGCCCGGGGGCGCUCGCGACGGCGCUGGGUCCCCCUACCUGCACUAUGGGUUCAGCACCAAGAGCCAGCUGCACUAGCGGCCGGAGCCCGCCGCCUCGCCACCCAGCGACGUGUAGGCAACCCGCGGCGGACGCUCCAAUAACCCCCUCGCUGCUACCGGCUGGCCACAACACCCAUAUAGCCUGCUGACAAUGUUCAAACUCGAAGGCUCGAUCGUCUCCGAGUAGCGUAGACGUUUACGAUAUAUUAUUGUAAAUAAAUUCAUAUCUAAUUUCAUAGGCUAAGUGCUGUUGUAUGACCUGAAGAUACGAAUUUCUGUUAAUGUUUGGACAAGUUCUUUUGGUAACUAAUCGUGAUUUGUAGCAACCCUUUGCCAAAGAUGUAUUGUGCCAAAUUUUACGAUUACGAUAAGUCAAACAUGUGUCUACACUGUUGGCACGUCUGGAAUAGUUUUCUAAUCAAUGAUUUUGAAUUCUUGUAUACCUUUAUACCGAUUGGUGAUAUACGUUAAAUCAGUAGGUAUAUCGAUGUUUUAUAUCUAUGAAUCGAUUAGAAUAAAUUGACAUUUCAUUAAUUAGUGUAAGAGAAUGUUAAUAUUUCCAGUGAAAUAAUUCUGUAAAUAAAUCGAUACAGUGGUACUGCCAAAGUAGAUUUAAUAAUAAUUAGGUAAAUUUACAACGGAUUAAUAAGUUUAAUAAUUUGUUUUUCGCUAUAAUGAUGGAUCAAAGUAAAUUGACUUGUGACAAAUUGUAAUUAUAAAUAUUUUCCUUUUAAUGAAUUGUAUGUAAACUUAAUGUAAAUUGGAAUAAAGAUAAAACUUAACGAACCGAUGCUGACGUGAGAGCAUUAUCGUUGUAUGCCGCGCGAGUACCUACUGUUACUUGUAAUUGGUAUCGAAAAAGUUUCCACGGCCCAAAAUGUGCCAAAUAUCCUGUUCACUGUCUGUAAUAUAUUUUGUAAGUUUACAUUGCCGAGUUUAAAUAAAUAAAUUGUUUUAUUACA